GGGCAGCAGCGGGGUAGUGGCUCCGCGGGGUGGGCAGGGGGCGUCCGGGCGUCCGCACCCUCGGGCGGCGGCGUCGCCUCGGCCCCAGCGGUCGCCCCCGCCGCCCGCGCGCUCGGGCGCAGGUUUGGACUGCCUAAAAAAGUCAUUUCACGGUGACCAGCCCCACUUGCCGACGUGACCUAAAGCCACUCCUUUGCCCCCAUCCGCAGUGACUUUUGCCGGGAGCGGGGGGCUGGGCACAGACGUCUGUCCAUGCCGCCCUUGGCAGGACCCGAGGAACCGUGGCAGCCAUGCCCCCGCCUGCCCCAGCCGCCCCUCACCCCCUACGCUGACCUGCAUGGUAUGCGUGCCCUCGGGAUCCCCGAGGACUGACCAGCUGACCUCGCUUCGGAUCCCCAACAGCUCCCCCAAAAUGUCGCUCGAGUGGCUGGUGGCCUGGAGCUGGUCGCUGGAUGGCCUGAGGGACUGCAUCGCCACCGGCAUCCAGUCCGUGCGGGACUGCGACACCACGGCCGCGGUCACCGUGGCCUGCCUGCUGGUCCUGUUCGUGUGGUACUGUUACCACGUGGGCAGGGAGCAGCCCCGGCCUUACGUCUCGGUCAACGCCCUGAUGCAGGGCCCCGAGGCCACGGGGCUGCAGAACGGGUUCGUGUACUGCCAGUCCCCCGAGUGCGUGCGCUGCAGCCGCAGUGAGGGUCUCAACCAGAAGCUCUACCACAACCUGCAGGAGUACGCCAAGCGCUACUCCUGGUCCGGCAUGGGCCGCAUCCACAAGGGCAUCCGCGAGCAGGGCCGCUACCUCAGCAGCCGGCCCUCCAUCCAGAAGCCCGAGGUCUUCUUCCUGCCCGACCUCCCCACCUCGCCCUACUUCGCCCGGGACGCGCAGAAGCAUGACGUGGAGCUGCUGGAGCGCAACUUCCAGACCAUCCUGUGCGAGUUUGAGGCCCUGUACAAAGCCUUUCCAAACUGCAGCCUCCCGCAGGGCUGGAAAAUGAACAGCACCCCCAGUGGGGAGUGGGUCACCUUUUACUUGGUCAAUCAGGGGGUCUGCGUCCCCCGGAACUGCAGGAAGUGCCCACGGACGUACCGCUUGCUUGGAAACCUUCGGACCUGUAUUGGGAACAAUGUUUUUGGGAACGCGUGCAUCUCCGUGCUGAGCCCCGGCACCGUGAUAACGGAGCACUACGGACCCACCAACAUCCGCAUCCGAUGCCAUUUAGGUCUGAAAACUCCGAGUGGCUGUGAGCUGGUGGUGGGUGGGGAGCCCCAGUGUUGGGCAGAAGGCCGCUGCCUCCUCUUCGAUGAUUCUUUCCUGCACGCCGCGUUCCAUGAAGGUUCGGCGGAGGACGGCCCACGGGUGGUUUUCAUGGUGGAUCUGUGGCAUCCCAACGUCGCAGCGGCCGAACGGCAGGCCCUGGAUUUCAUCUUUGCCCCGGGACGAUGAGAACAUUGGUCGUGCUGGAGUCGCCGAGAGUGGCCGCGGUCCGCCUGGGCAGACAGGGGUGCGGCCCGGCCCCUGCCGCUGUUCCAAUUCCAUGCUCAGAAACCUGCCUCGACAGAAUGCUCUCAUUUGGGAUUUGUUUUUUAGGUCACGUUGGGUCCCUCUUUCCUUCGGUUAUUGAAAAUGGGAAAUUUUCAGCUUGUAUUUCCUUAGAUUUCUUUUCCCUUCCAAUCAUUUGCUUCUGCGAUUCCUUUCUGCCUAAAAGCGCAUUACUUUGCUCUGUGACCAGAGGCUUGGUGUCCCUGUCGUCUGUGUCACGCUGCUACUUGGUUUCGUCAGUGCUCUGAAAUAGGGUCGCCAAAUGGUUACUUGUCUGAAUGUAAUAACAUAAAUCUUCUUGUCAUCUUAAAAGAAAAAAACAAAAACAAAACAAAACACUGCAGAUCAGAGAGCUGGAGGACGUGGGCUCUGCUGCUGUCACGGUCACCCUGGGCCCUCAGCCGCCCGGGCAGGGGGAGCCCGCGGUCGGCAUCCCCAGCUGUCCCCGGCUGGCUUCCUCGGCAGGGUGGCCCGGUCAGGGCGGGGCAGACUCACCAUUGCUCACCUCACCCUGAACCCAGUCAGGUCCUGAUGGCAAGAGCAUCGGGCUGGUGGCACUGGAGGCUUUUCUGUAGACGUUGCUUUCCGACAAAGCUGAGGCUGCUGUCUUCGAGAGCCAAGCUGGGGCUCCCUCGGAUCAGCAGCUGAACCUGUGAUUUGAUUACCUCACUGCCUACAGAAACCCUACUGCCAAACCGGGCCUGGAUAAUUGCCCAUUUGAGCUGUUUGGAGUCCGCGGUGAUAAGCGUUCAGACCACCAGGCUGGCUGAUGGGUGCCGAGGUGGGAUAAGACCUCACUCAUCCAGUGACGUUCUGGAAAAGCCUUUCUCUGGCAAAACUGGAAUCGUAGAUCCGCCCAAAGUGUCUGUUUUGCUUUGGAGUUCUGUUGCCUAUGAUUUUCCAUUUAUUUGUCUGUACAUAAGUGUUCAAACGCUGGGCUCAGAGAUCAUGGCAGAGUCGACCCUGUGUCUCUGUCAGUGCACAAGGGUGCGGUGAGGGCCACCUAAGCCAGUGUGUGCACGUGAGGACACUGGGGGGACCUACAGACCCAAAGGACCCACGGUCGCGGCGCUGGGUCUCCUGUGAAGGACGUGGCCAGUUUGAGGCACUAAGUCUAGAAACGGCCCCCCGUUAGCCAAUGUGUGAAGGAGUCUCCUCCAGCCACAGUAGAGAUGCCUUUUUUGAAUAAUGUAUUACGGCAGAGUCAGGUUUAUAAAGCCUUGGAGCGGUACGGAACACACUGCUUGUCCCAUGUCUGGGUCCAAUGUUUCUAUCCGAACGGAAACCAGCAGCUUCUGGGAGGAACAACCGUCAGAAGUAAACGCAGUCUAGGAAAAAAAAAAAAAAGAAGUAAACGUGGUCUGAAACGCACUAGGUAGUUACUAGCAAGUGUGCAAAGAAACCGUGUCUACGUUUGAGUACAAUUUCUACACAGAUAUUUUUCAGCGAUUAGAAUGCAGGAAAGGGCAGAAAUGUCAAACACACCUGAAGUCUUUUUACUUGUUAAGUUUCUUGUUAAAGAAUCACUGAGGUGCAUGAUUUCUAUACGUACUGACUGCUCUACGUUUACAAAGCCAGCAGCCCACACAGGUCGCUGGCUGCCUGUGCUCACGUGACGCGGUUGGGGAGCAGGGGGUAAAUAAAAGAUCUUGCUGAAAACCAGA